AUGAACUUUUUUUGUGACCCCUGCAACCGUUCCUUCCGUAAACACGCUGGUCUCAAAAAGCAUCUCGUUGCACACCACUGGCAUUUCAAGGGCCCGGAAGUCCCUCGCUCGACAUUCCACUAUCACAGCAAGCUUGAUGCAAGGCCCUGCAACAGUGGUGGCAAUUUUGUGCCACGUAAUGCAUCCCCUGAACCGCCAGAUCAUGAAUCUGUUGACUGGACACCCUUCCCUGACCGACCAACAUUUGAAUGCGCAAGCCUCCUAUUUGAGAAGAUGCGUGCGUCUAUCGGCAGCAUCAACGAACUCUUCAACAUUCUCGCGGCUAAGAAUGUGCUGGAUAAUGCCGGUGAGAAUAUAUUUGCGAGUGCACGGGAUAUGUAUAAUACUAUCGACAGCAUCCCAUUCGGCGACUUACCGUGGCACUCGUUCGGAAUCAAAUAUGCAGGCCCAGUCGACAAACACUCUCCUUCAUGGAAGACAGAAACAUAUGUAAUUCACACUCGAAACGCAAGCGAUGUUGUCGCUCGUAUUGUGAAUAACCCAACAUUCGAUGGAAAAUUCGACUAUACCGCAUUUGAGGAGUUUGUUGGUCCUCAUGAGCAGAGGUUUUCGAACCUAAUGUCCGGUCGAUGGGCCUGGAAGAAAUCAGAUGUGAUUGCAGAAGAUCCGGGAACCCACGGCGCGAUGCUGGUGCCCAUUGUACUCGGUGCAGACAAAACGACAGUAUCCGUCGGCACAGGCAACACAGAAUUUCACCCGCUCUAUAUCUCAGUUGGGAAUCUAGACAACUCUGCGCGGCGUGCUCACGGAUGUGGCUUGAUUCCUUUAUCAUUUUUGUCAAUCCCUAAGACUUGUCGACAAUUCACAGAAGAUAAUGAAUACCGCCUUUUUCGCAAGCAGCUCUACCAUGCAUCGAUUGCACACAUACUCAGCCCAUUGCGGGAUGGAAUGACAAGCCCAGUUGUCUUGCGCUGCCCAGAUGGGCACUUUCGGCGCGCAAUCUAUGAAAUCGGGCCGUUCAUUGCCGACUAUCCCGAGCAAGUCGUGUUGGCUGGAAUUGUGCAAGGAUGGUGUCCGGGAUGUCUUGCGCAACCGCAUAGGGGCGCUUUUGAUGAUGCCGGAGACCCGCGCUUUCACGCACAUACCCAUCAGCUCCGAGAGACUUUUGAUUCUGAAACCCUAUGGUACACUUAUGGCGUCGUUGAGAAUGUCAUCCCAUUCACAGAUUUUUUCCCUCGUGCCGAUAUCUAUGAACUGAUCACUCCGGAUUUACUUCAUCAACUCAUCAAAGGAACUUUCAAAGAUCAUCUCGUGACGUGGAUCCAGGACUACCUCGAGUUGACACAUGGAUCGACAGAGGCAAAGAAGAUCCUUGACGAUAUUGAUCGCAGGAUUGCCGUAGUCCCUGCCUUCCCUGGCCUUCGACGAUUCCCUGAAGGACGCAAUUUCAAACAAUGGACUGGCAACGAUUCAAAGGCGCUCAUGAAGGUCUUUCUUCCUGCAAUUGUCGGAUAUGUGCCUGAUGCCAUGGUUCAAUCAGUCGCGGCAUUUCUUGACUUCUGUUACCGUGCACGGCAUUCCACGCACACGACAACCACCCUCAAUGCUAUGGACCAUGCACUUACCCGGUUUCAUCACUACCGUGUCAUAUUUCAGGAGUCUGGCAUCCGGCCGGAUGGGUUUUUCCCCCCGCGUCAGCAUUCACUCGUACAUUAUGUUACAAGGAUCAAACAGUAUGGCUCCCCUAAUGGACUUUCAUCCUCAAUCACCGAGUCAAAACAUAUUGAAGCCGUCAAGAAACCGUGGCGCCGGACAAAUAAGCAUAUGCCCCUCGGCCAGAUCCUCCGUAUCAACACCCGAAAUAGUCAGCUAGCAGCGGCACGAACGGAAUUCACACGCCGUGGGAUGCUUGAUGGAGAUGUACUUUCAGAUGCUUAUCGAGAAGCUGGUUUGCGCGCCGAAGAAGAUAUUGAAGAUGCCGAAGAUGCAAGAUACAGUGAUUUACGAGAUGCAGAGGAUGUCGAUGGGCCACAUACCCAGUCGAUGGUCAAACUUGCUUUGAAAUCAGCACACACCAAGAUGAUCUAUGACCUCGCGCAGGAACUUGGCCGCACAGGCCCCGAAUUGAAAACAUUAAUGCAACACUUCUUAUUCGAGCAACUCUACGGACAUGGCGAGCAUGACAUCACCGCAGACGAUAUCUCUGCAGAUGACUUGCCUCGCUUUAAGGGACGAUUGUCGAUAUACCAUUCUGCCACCAUCACUUUCUAUUGCCCCACGGAGCUCGCAGGCAUUGGGGGUAUGCGCCGUGAGACAGUUCGGAGCACACCACGAUGGUAUGGGAAAGACGAGCGCCGCGACACCGUUCUUGUCCAGGUCGGCCCUGAAGAUGAUCUCAUGCGGGGUAUGCUUGUUGCGCGUGUGCUCCGCUUCGUUUCAUUCAUUCAUCAGGGUGUGCGAUAUCCAUGUGCUAUAGUGAAUUGGUUUGUACCGAAGGACAACGAACCGGAUCGACUGACUGGGAUGUGGAUUGUGAAGCCAGAGAAGUUGAAUGGACAAAGAAGUAUCGGCAUUGUCCAUGUUGACACUAUCUUCCGUGCUUGCCAGCUGAUCGGGGUGUAUGGCACGACACCCAUUCCUCUCGACUUUCAUUUUUCUUACUCGUUAGACACAUUCAAAGAAUUCUAUGUAAACUCCUAUGUAGAUUACCAUGCACAUGAGUCUAGUAUAAUGUAG